GGUUCUGCGAGUUCUGUAUGAUUCACAUCUGAGCCACACUGCGACUGGAGAGACGCUGAGCAGGACGCAGAGGCGCAGGAGCUAUCUCAGGAGCAUCACUUCGGCUGAUCUUAUGUUGGACUCACUCGUUCUCCUCUAGCUACUCGGUCGACUGAAAACAACAACAGAGGGAGGACAACAAUAUGGGACAUUCCGCAAUUACAAUUUCACUGGCCGUGCUGUCCUUGUACGCAUGUGGAAGCGUCGAGGCCCUGUCCGUGAGCGAGGCGAAGGGGCCGGGCCCCCGGGUGGCAGAACCUCAGAUCGCAAUGUUCUGUGGCCGUCAACUGCUGCACAUGAACCCGCAGACGGGCCAGUGGCAGCCGGACCCUCAAGGCCGCAAGGACUGCUUCAAAGAUCCCAGUGAAAUUCUCUCCUACUGUCAAGAGAUGUACCCAGCGCUUUCCAUCUCCCACGUAGAGGAGGCAAAAAGUCCCGUGAACAUCCCUUACUGGUGUAAGAAAGGCUGGAGCCACUGCCAGGCGCGCCCCUUCAUAGUGGUGCCCUAUCGCUGCCUAGAAGGCGAGUAUGUGAGCGAGGCCCUGCUGGUUCCAGACCGAUGUCGUUUUCUCCACCAGGAGAAGAUGGACGCCUGCGAGAGUUACGUGUACUGGCACAACAUUGCAAAGGAGGCGUGCAGUGUAGACAAUCUGGAGCUUCACAGUUACGGGAUGCUUUUGCCUUGUGGAGAAAAUUUCCGCGGGGUGGAAUAUGUAUGCUGCCCAGGUCGUAGCAGCUCCAGCAUUAAGGCGGAACUGGAGGAAAGAGAAGUCCUGGCUGGCCAUCAGAAUAGCGGAACACUCAAUUCUGCCGCCAAAGUGAGAGCACCCACCCCGAGCCCCUCCCCCGACACAGACAUGUACGAGACGGACAUGGAGGACGACGAAGACGAGGUGGUGGAGGAAGAUGAGGAGGAGGAGGAGGAGGAGGAGCAAGAGGACGAUGAGGAUGAAGUGGACGAGGAGCCGCUGGAAGAGGAGGAUGAGGAGGAGCCCGUAGCAGUGAGAAACGCAGAGAAGUACGAAUACCCCAUCGACUCCGGUCCCUACCAGACGUCCGACUAUCUGGACUCGUCCUACUAUGAGAAAAGCUACAAAACCACAACGUCACCACUUCUGAUGAAAGGAGACAGCGUGACAACCCCUCGACCCACAGAUGGCGUGGACGUUUAUUUCGAGAAGCCAGUGGAUGACACGGAGCACGCCAACUUCCUGCGUGCCAAAACAGACCUGGAGGAGCAGCGAAUGAACCGCAUCAAUGAGAUCAUGAAGGAGUGGGCCGAGGCAGACAACGAGUCCAAGGAUCUGCCAAAGUCAGAGCAGCAAGCCAUAAAUGAGCACUUCCAGUCCGUGCUGCAGACGCUUGAGGAACAAGUGGCGGGCGAGAGGCAGAGGCUGGUGGAGACUCAUUUGGCUAGAGUGGAGUCCAUCCUCAACAACAACCGCCGGCUGGCCUUGGAGAACUACCUGGCCGCGGUCCAGUCUGACGAGCCGCAGCCGGAGCACGUGCUGCAGGCUCUGAAGCGAUACAUGGCCGCCGAGCAGAAGGAUCGCAGACACACACUCAGGCACUACCAGCACAUCGUGGCCGUCGACCCGCAGAAGGCUGAGCAGAUGAAAUUCCAGGUGUACACACAUCUGCAUGUGAUCGAGGAGAGGAUGAACCAGAGUCUGGAGCUGCUCUACAAGGAUCCCAUCUUGGUUGAGGAGCUCCGUGAUGAUAUCCAAGAGCUGGUGCGAGCCGAGCGGGGCGACAUCAGCGAGCUCAUGACUACGUCCUUCUCCGAGACGCACACCACCGAGGAGCUUCUGCCAGCUGAGAGCGAGGAAGAGAAGGAUGACGAGGAAGAGGAGGACAGAGAAUUCCAGAACAGGCCGUAUCCUCCCCAUGUUGACCCGCAGUCUAAUAAGAAAGGAGAUGAAUAUGACUAUGCCACAUCUGAGAGGGCUCCUACUUAUGAAUAUGAGGAAAAGAUCAACACCUCUGUCGAACUCAAGCAGGUUGUCUACAAGCCUGACGAGAUCGAGAGAGAUGAACUACAACCCGACGCCUUGGAGACGUUUAACCGAGGCGCCAUGGUGGGCUUACUGGUGGUGGCCGUGGCCAUCGCCAUGGUGAUGGUCAUCAGUCUGUUGCUGGUGCGCAGGAAGCCCUACGGCACCAUCAGCCACGGCAUCGUCGAGCAGGUGGACCCCAUGCUGACCCCAGAAGAACGACAGCUCACCAAAAUGCAAAACCACGGCUACGAAAACCCCACGUACAAAUUCUUCGAGCAGAUGAACUGAGUUCGUAGCACGUCGAGCGCUGGUUUCAUCCUGUCAUCGUGGAGGCGCACCAACCACACCGCCUGUAAUGGAUUGACAACAUUGAGAUCACAUUCAUUAACUGGAUAAGCUCAGUCUUUAGUCCAAACCUAUUGUAAAUGACCAACUACAUCAGUCAUCAUUACCAAAAUGUGAAUAGUGAAAUAUUACACUUCAUCUGAUGUAAUCUCCAUUGGAUUAGAUCCUGCUGCAUACUGUAGAAAAUAUUCCCACGGAAACAAUCAUCAGAGUGGCAUGACUUGACCUACUGACACACCAGAAACGGAAUGGCGCAUAAUGCUUUAUGAUAUUAUUUUUCCAUAUUCGACUUCAUAUUGUGUCGCGGUAGCUAUAGUGUAUCCGUGUAGAUGAGUGUGAUAGGCAGCCUGUUCAGCCUCAUUUAGCGCCACGAUUGACCAAUUAAACUAAAUUUUCCUUCAUCAUCUCCACAAUUUCCAAUGAGGUCAUAUAGAUGAUAUUUUAAAAAGUAAUUAAAUCUCAGAAACAUCCCUCAACACUCGCUUUUAUUAAAUUGGCAAAUAUACAGCCAAAUAUUCGGUUUAGCCUAAUUAAGUUUAUUUGUACUGCAGGCUAACUAACUGUAAAAGAGAACAUAGAUUUAAUGAACGCAUGACAACUCGGCUGCUGUCACUAUUUGUGUUGUUCCCGUCACUUCUUAAAAAGUCGCCGUUCCAAACGGAUACUGUAAAUAUCAUCGGACGUACAGUUGGGCCCAAAACUAUUCAUAACCCCGUUUAGAUGAUGAGUUAUUUGUCGAAUGGAUAUCUUCUGCCUGGAAAUGACAUGGAUAUAGCAGAAAUUGACUUUAAGCAGUUUUAAUAUUUAAAAUAUCAGAUUUUAUUUGUAGGCCUAUUUUUUCUUACAUUUUGACAACACAUACUUGUGCAACAUUCUAAGGGAUCUUGGUAACCUUUUUUGACCUCUGGGUACUGGCGGCUUCCGCCCACAUUCCAAAAACGUACAUGUGAGGUUCAUUGAAGACUAAAUUGUGAAAGUGAGUGAAAAUAGUCAAAAUCAGCUGAGUCGGCUCCAGCUUAUCGCGACCCGAAUGAGAAAAAGUGCUGUUGAACGGACGUAUAAACAUUAGAUAUGCUUGAAAAGAGGACGAGUCUGAAUAAUUUUGGACAGUAUAAAUGAUUUUUUUGUCGUUUGCCACUUUCUUGUGUCAAUCCAACCAGAAGAUUCCUAUUUACUUUGUUGAGGGGAUGAUGAAUUCCGGGCUCAAGUGUAUCCUCCUAAUAGUAGACGUCCUCGUAGACGUUUUUAUGACUCAUUGAUGUUAACGGAUAAUACAUCAACGUAGUGCAUUGUGCUGUAAACGAGACGGAGACGCAUUUUCCUUACAUGGCUGAUUGAAAACGGACUGUUGUAAAAAACCAGCACAAGAUGACACAGUAACUUCUUUCUGAAUGUAUUUAAGGUAGACGUUGAGACUCCAUUCCCUGAGUUAGUUUAUUUUCCCUGCUGUCAUUCCCAGAGUAGUGACGUUAGGACACGCGACAUGCAUUGACACUCACGUCAUCCCUUUGUAGCAGCCUGCUCAUUAUGUGUCAGGUGAGUGUCAAGGAAGAGGAAUUGAAAAGCUGAAAGUGUAUAAUACUGAGUGCAGUAUAUUGUGUCAGUGUGUGUAUACAAUCCUAAAAAACACAGCACACGUAGUUAUAAGUAGUGAUAGUAUGUCAUUAAGCUACUCGUCUUGACAUCUUAACAGGAAAUAUUAGCACUCUAUUGAUGCUUUGAUACAUUUUUCCUCCGUGUGUGUCAUUUUAUGACGCCACUUAAGAGAGUCACGUGGCAGGAUGUGCAGAUAACCCCCCUUUUUGGAGAUAUUGCAAAAAAAAAAAAAAAAAAUUAAAAAAAAAAAAACGCACGAUGGAGUUGUAAUGGUGUUUGACGAGGCGGGUUGUGUUACGACGGGUCACAGCCUUUGUAUAAUUUGUACAGCUAUGUUAGUGAAUGUCCACAGUUUAAUGAUACUACUGAAACCAUAGAUGAGAAUAAGCUUGCCUGUUUUUAUUUUGAUCGCAAAAACCAUCACUGAGGGUUCCCUACCAGCAUUUAGCAGACGUAGUAAGGUAUGUAAUACCGUAGUUACCCCCAAUCACAUUUAUACGUGUCCUCUGUUCAAUUCUCUCCCUGUGAAAUAUUAAAAACGUCAUUGAGAUUUUAAUUGCUGCGUUGUUGCCUUUUACAAUGCUGUGUUUUGGAUGUAAUUAUAUUGUAUUUUUUAUUUAUACUGGGCGUAAUAAUCACUUGGUUCGAGGGUCGUGCUUUUCACGUGUCAUUUUAGGAGCUUGUAUAGUAAAACGAUGACAUGUUUAAGAUAAAUGUGAACUGUAGUCAGGUGUACACAGCCUAAUUGGGAGGGACAGUGAGGCACUAAGCACAAGCCAACCAAAUUGUUCUGUAUGCGGUCCAGAUGGGAUUAGAUUAGCCGACCUUUCCCUGAGUUGUGUCAUAUCUGAUGUUUUCGUGGAUAUAGCUCAACUUCUCAUUACUGCUGUUGCGCUUCUUUAGACGGCAAACUAGCUGGGACUGAAUCAACAGCGCCUCUGCUGGUGGCAGACAAGUACUGCAUUCCAUUUUGCCUCCAAGUCAUAAAAAAAUCAGCAAACAAUUCCACACAAAGGAUUGCUUUUCAUGGGUAUCCCUGGCUUGCGCACAGAUGUACGAAAAUGUACGAACAUGGCUCUGUACCAACACAGAAUUGUUUUUCCCCCCCAUAUGAUCCUUUGAUCAAAGCCAUACACCAAGAAGAUGCAGAUAUUCUAAUUUGACAAAAAAAAAGUGUUUUCUGUUGUGUAAAUGUAUACUUGCAACCAAUCGGAGGCUGGAGGAAAAAAAUAAUUAAAAAAAACACCAAGCUAAUUGAUAGUGUAAUAAAACUGAAUGACCCAUAAAA